AUGGUUCCUGACGAAGCGCAUCUCCGCAUAAUCGUCGUCGGCGCAGGUCUCAGCGGUCUCGCGACGGCCAUCUCCUGCGCUUCCCACGGACACUCGGUGCAGGUCAUCGAGCAAGCCAAAGAGCUAGCUGAGGUCGGCGCAGGCCUCCAAAUCACCCCCAAUGCCUCGCGCCUCUUCCACCACUGGCAACUCCCCAGCAGUAUCUGGACCGACGCCGCGGAGCCAACAUCCCUCACGGUGCACCGCUACACAGGACAAAUCCUGGCACAAGAAAACAACUUCGACCGAAACAUCCGCGCCAAAUACAACAACGCACCAUUCAUCGACCUCCACCGCGUCGACCUACAGCAGGCGCUAUUCGCCCGCGCCAAAGACCUUGGCGUCACAUUCCAUCUCGACACACGGGUCGAGCGCAUCGACUUCGCCACGUCCACCGUCCACACGCUCUCCCAAGGUAGGCAAUUCACCGGAGAUCUGAUCGUCGCAGCGGACGGGCUGUGGUCGAAAUGUCGAGAGUGUUUUGAAGGCCGAAAAGACGACCCGCUUCCGACGGGCGAUCUGGCGUAUCGGAUCGUGUUGAACGCGGAGCAGAUUCGUCCCGAGGAUGCGGAUCUGCGGGCGUGGGUGGAGAAUCCGCAGUGUCAUUUCUGGGUCGGGCCUGGGGCGCAUGUGGUGGCUUACUCGUUGAGAGGGGGGAAGAUGUUUAAUAUUGUGCUGUUGGUGCCGGAUAAUUUGCCGCCGGGGGUGUCGAGGCAGGCGGGCUCGGUGGAUGAGAUGAAGGCGUUGUUUGCGGGGUGGGAUCCUGUGUUGACUCGAUUCCUCAACUACGUUGACAACGUCGACAAGUGGAAACUGAUGCAUCACGGAGAAAUGGAAUCCUGGGUCAACGACAAAUCCAACCUCGUCUUCAUCGGCGACGCCUGCCACCCCAUGCUCCCCUACCUCGCCCAAGGCGCCAACUCAUCUCUCGAAGACGGCGCCGUCCUAGGCGGCCUUCUGGGCCACCUGAAGAGCAAAUCUCAUCUGCCGCAGGUCUUGCGUUUAUACGAAAGUCUACGGAAGUCGAGGGGCGAGGCGAUUGUUAAGGAGACGUUUAAACAGAGAAACGACUUCCACAUGCCAAACGGCGACGCGCAGAAGAAGCGGGAUCAGAUCUUUCUGUCUCAGUUGGGGAAGAAGAUCCAAGGGGCAUUUCCGAGUCGAUGGACCUGUCCCGAAGUGCAGCCAUGGUUGUACGGCUACGAUGCUAUCCAAGAAGUAGAGAACGCGGUGGCGCGGAAUCCGGAAUUAUUUGCAAAGACGAAGAAGACAUCGAACUUGUAA